AACUUGCGUUCUCUCCAUGUUCCUGCCAACUGAUCAAGAAACUCCCGUACAUGCGCAAGAACACCUUCCUUCGUCUGCUGUCUUCAUGCAAGAACCUGAGCUCCCUCCUCAAAGUCCACGCGCGCCUGAUCAUCGCGGGCCUCGGUCCAGACGCCUCCGCGACUACCCACCUCAUAAACUCCUACUCUUCGCUUCAAAGAUGCGACCUUGCUCGCUCCGUCCUCGAUUCCGCCCCGACUCCGACCACUGUAUCGUGGAACUCCAUGAUAAGAGCUUAUUCGAGAUCGAACCGACACCAGGAGGCUCUGAAGAUGUACCGUUCCAUGGUGGACAGAGGCUUGGAACCAGACGGGUAUACUUUCACUUUUGUUUUGAAGGCUUGUACUGGUGCUCAGGAUUUGCAAGAGGGUGCUUUGAUCCGCCGUGAAGUUUGUCGCAGAGGCCUGGAGAGGGAUGUGUUCAUAUGCACUGGUCUGAUAGACAUGUAUUGUAAAGCAGGGGAUCUGGAGAGUGCACGAGAGAUAUUUGAUAAAUUGCCUGUGAGAGAUGUUGUCGCCUGGAACUCAAUGAUCGCCGGGCUAUCACGUAGCUCGGAUCCUCUUGAGGCUUUGGCACUUUUUAAGAGAAUGCAGUGGACAGGAGUGGUUCCCCAUUCGGUCAGCCUGUUGAAUUUGUUUCCAGCUGUUUCAAGAUUGGCAGAUGUUGAUUCGUGCAGAUGUAUGCAUGCCUACGGGAUUAGGAUGGAUUUUGGCUUGGAAGUUUCGAAUGCUUUGAUUGACACAUAUUCCAAGUGUGGGGAUGUAGAGUCGGCUCACCUAGUUUUUGACCUCAUUCAUACUCGAGAUGAUGUUUCAUGGAGUACUAUGAUGGCGGGCUAUGCUCAUAAUGGAUGUUUCACUGAGGUUCUGGGUUUAUAUGACAGCAUGAAAGAGAUGGAUCUUCAGAUGAAUAAGGUCUCUGUCAUAAGUGCUCUAUUAGCUGCAGGGGAGAUUAGAGAUUUAGAGAAGGGAAAGGAGAUACAUCAGUUUGCCCAAAAACGAGCUAUUGACAUGGAUGUUCUUGUUGCUACUCCAAUUAUAACAAUGUACGCAAAGUGUGGAGAAUUGGAGAAAGCUGAAAAAUUGCUUAAGGGGCUCCCAGAAAGGGAUCUAGUUGCUUGGUCUGCACUCAUUGCCGUUCUUGUCCAAUCUGGUCAUCCUGAAAAGGCAUUAUCUGUACUUAAAGAUAUGGAGAACGAAAACAUUAAACCAAAUGAUGUAACUCUGAUCACUAUCCUCCCAGCCUGCGCUGAACUAUCUUCUCUGAGAUCAGGCAAGAGCAUACACUGUUAUGCCAUCAAGGCUGAUGUUGGUUCUGACUUUUCAAUGGGAACAGCCCUACUGACCAUGUAUGCUAAAUGUGGACAGUUUAGUUAUGCACACGAUAUAUUUGACACCAUGCAAUAUAAAGAUGUUGUGACGUGGAAUGCUUUGAUAAAUGGGUAUUCUCAGAAUGGUGAAGUGGACCGCGCAAUUGAAAUGUACCAGAAACUGCAGUUUUCUGGUUUGCACCCAGAUGCUGGAACUAUGGUGGGUUUGAUACUAGCUUGUGCCCUCUUGAAUGAUCUCAAGCAAGGAACUUCUGUUCACGCUCUGAGUAUUAAGAAUGGGUUUGAUUCUGAUUGCCAUGUUAAUUGUGCACUCAUUGACAUGUAUUGUAAGUGUAGCAAUCUUCCCUCAGCAUUGUACUUGUUUAACAGACUGGAUUUCAUUAGGGACAAGGUAUCUUGGAAUAUAAUGAUCAUCGCAUUCACACGGAAUGGAGAUGCUAAUAAAGCUUUAUCUGCAUUUCGUCAGAUGAGAUUGGAGAACCAUCAGCCAAAUUUAGUCACUUGUGUGAGCAUCCUUCCUGCAGCAGCAUACUUGGCAGCCCUGAGAGAAGGGACGAGUUAUCAUUGUUGUAUCGUCAAAAUGGGAUUUCUGUCAUAUAUCGCGGUCGGCAAUAGUCUCGUUGACAUGUAUGCUAAGUGUGGCAAGAUUGAUUUGUCUAAGAGAUGUUUCGAUGAGAUGGAAAACAAGGACACAGUCUCCUGGAAUUCUAUGCUGGCAGGAUAUGCAGUACAUGGUCAAGGGGACCAUGCCGUUGCACUUUUCUUGCUGAUGCAAAAAAACCACAUUGAAGUUGAUUAUGUGUCCUAUGUCAAUGUUUUGUCUGCUUGCAGACAUGCAGGUUUGAUAGAAGAAGGAAAGAAAAUUUUCCAUACCAUGCAAGAAGAAUGCAGGAUUCAGCCAGAUGUGGAACAUUAUGCAUGCAUGGUAGAUUUGCUAGGCCGAGCUGGCUUAUUUGAUGAAACAUUGUGUCUACUUGAGAAAAUGCCAAUGGAACCUGAUGCUGGAGUUUGGGGAGCCUUAUUGGGAGCCAGCAUGAUGCAUUCUAAUGUGGAGUUGGGCGAAGUUGCAUUGAAGCAUCUCACUGAAAUUGAGCCUGAGAACCCAACACACUCUGUAGUUUUAUCAAACAUGUAUGCUCAAUCUGGCAGGUGGGCAGAUGCAGGAAAGAGAAGGUUAAAUUUGAAAGACACUGGGAUGAAGAAAACCCCUGGUUGUAGCUGGUUUGAAGUGAAAAACAGGACUCACACAUUUCUAAUGGGUGACUCAAAUCAGCCCUAAUACGAGAAAAUGCAACUUUUGUGGGACAAUUUACUCGAGAAAAUGGAAAAUUUGGGGUUUAUUCCUGAGAGGAGCUGUGUCUGGCAGAAUGUGGCGGAAGAGGAUAAAUAACAGUUCAGUCAUAGUGGAAGACUAGCCAUUGCUUUUGCCUUCGUAAAUACAGAAAUUGGAUGGACUAUCCAGAUAGUGAAGAAUCUUCGUAUAUGUGUAAACUGCCAUACAGCUAUCAAAUACAUUGCAACAAUU